AAAUGAAACUGAAAGUAGCUAAACAGGAUCUGCAUCUGCAGUGGGUCCUCACUGCGAGCACUACACCUUGGCUCACAUUCUCACUCAACACUAGAUUGCAAUAAAAACUCUUCACCAUGGCAACGCAACACAGUGGACCAUCCGAGACACUGAAUCACCAACAGCAAGUGAUUGAGAUUCUUUCCAAUCUGUACAACAAAGCAGAAUUCAGUGACGUUGAGAUCGUUGUGAAUGGCAGUCUCAGGAUCAACGCACUCAAACUUCUCUUAAUCUCCCAGAGCACUGUCUUCAGCACCAUGCUGUCCAGUGAACGCUGGGCGGACUCCAAACAGAAAACUAUCAACCUUGUAGAAGAUGACCAGUGCCUCCCUCACUUUGAGGACUUCCUGAAGUACUUCUACACUGGGAGCAUCACCAUUGACACUCGCAAUGCCUUCCCAGUUCACUGCCUAGCAGAUAAGUACCACGUCUCUAACCUGAAGCAGAGCUGUGAGCAGUUCAUGCUGAAGAAUGUGGCUGCACCCGGAGAAUUUAACCGAGCAAUCUCAUGGAGGAAAUACAGCAAGCUGGCCAACCUCAAAAAGCUUGAGGAAGAUUGUGAUAAAUUCAUAGCAUGGAAUAUGGACACGAUUACCCAGUCUCCUGACUGGAGCACAAUUGACCAGGAGCACCUCCUUGCUCUCCUCCAAAGAUCUGAUCUGGUUGUUGACAGUGAACUCUCUCUGUUGGAAGCUGUUGUCAGCUGGCUUGGUCAUCAGCCCACCCGAAUUGAAGAGGUGCUGCAACACAUUAGAUAUCCUUUGAUCCCGCCUGAAGAAUUCUUCAAGUUCCAGGCUUCAGGCACAAUGGAUCAGGCGGUUUGCUCAUUUAUAUUUGCAAAAGGUGUAAUAGCAUACCAAGCCAACUCUGUUUCUGUAGAGACCCUCAAACAGAGUCAUGACAUAACCUCCCCUGCAUUUUCUAUGAGACUCUAUACAUACAAGGACUAUGGGAGCUCACUGGAAAUAAAAAAUUAUAGGUACAUGGAAAAAAUACAGCAUCAGAUGUCAUUUACAAGCAAGAUGUUCCAAGCACAGUCUACUUGGUCCAUUACUUUCUAUCCUAAAGGUGAAAGGAUUACAGUGAAAACACAAAUACCUAAUCAACAUGCUAAUUAUAGGCAAUUUGGAUAUCAAGUGCAAACUUUUCAAGAUACUGAAAUGGUAUAUCAAGAGCAGGUUGUGAAAGAUGACAACAAUACUGCAUUCCAAUGCACAGUAGACAACUGCACCCCAAGCCAGUCGAACCAUGAACACAGACUCACUGUGCUCCUGAUGAAACCCAACAAUGAUGGAUGGUUUGUGUCUGACAUUCGAUCCAUUAAUGUCCUUCACUCGAUGCAAGCCAGGAUAGAUGAUCUGAUCCUAGAGUCUGAACGAAAGGACUAUGUCAGGAACGACAUGAUGAAGCUCCAUCUGAUUGGGAGCACGGUUUGGAUGUAAGAAGAGGGAGCAGCAAAACAAAGUAGAAGAUAUUCAAGGACUGAGCUUUCCAAUCAGUGUGGCACCCAGAUUCAAAUACUGGACAGCUCCCCUUGCAGAACCCACAGAGUAACCUUAUUAAAUAUAGAAGUAAAAGCCUUUGCCAACUUGAAUUGUGUGAGAAUUUCAGAUUGUCGUGUAUCUAGAUCAUGCUCUCUGUCUCCUGCAACAGUGCUGGUGCUCUGAUUGAAACAAGUGAUGUAAUGAGCAUUGUGAUCUUUCGAUGGAUCUAGUGAUCUUGAUCCUGAGCUCAUUUAUC